AUGUGUGUGUGAAGUGAUUCCAACUUGAGUAAACAAUGGCAACUAGUACAUUUGACCUCUUUUGAAGUGCAAUCUUACUUAAUCUACAAUCAGUCAAACAUUUCUCCUCAGUCGGCAUUGAGUUGUCACCAUGGAAAGUGAAACUUUGACCAUUGAUAUGAGAUCGGAUACGGUGACCAAACCAUGUCCAACCAUGAGAAAGGUCAUGUCUGAGGCUCUCGUGGGAGAUGCAGUCUUUGGAGACGAUCUGACCACCUUGGAAUUGGAGGCCAAAUGUGCACGGAUGUUGGGCAAAGAAGCGGGACUCUUUGUUCCUUCGGGUACAAUGGGCAACUUCUUGAGCGUUAUGUCACAUUGUUGGGGUCGAGGACUCGAAAUUUUGGUCGGUGACAAAUCCCACAUCUAUAUUUAUGAACAAGGAAACGUUGCUCAGUUUGGUGGCGUCCAUUCUCGAGCUUUAACCAACUUGCCAGAUGGGACCUUUUCAACGGAGGAAUUAAAGGCUAAAAUCCGUCCCGACGACCCACAUGAGCCUCAGACAGCUCUGAUUUGCAUUGAGAACACCCACAAUAAAUGUGGAGGGAAGGUCGUUCCAUUGACCUGGAUUCGGGAUGUUGGUCAAAUAUGCAGGGAUGCGGGAUUGCCUUUGCAUUGUGAUGGUGCUCGGCUAUUCAAUGCUUCAGUUGCUAUGGGAAUAUCUGUCAAGGACUUGGUGAAAGAUUGUGAUUCGGUGUCAAUAUGCCUUAGUAAGGGCCUGGGAGCUCCCAUUGGAUCCGUCAUAGUUGGCUCGGCUGCCUUUAUCCAACGGGCCCACCGAUUGCGAAAGGCCGUUGGAGGAGGAAUGAGACAAAGUGGCAUUAUUGCCUCGGCCGGCAUUUAUGCAUUGGAUAAAAACAUUGAGCGCCUCAGUCUCGACCAUCAACGGGCCAGAAAGAUCGGAGCUGUUUUCAAUGAGUAUGGAAAGGGUCGAUUUGAGGUUCACGAAGAUGGAGCCAAUUCUAAUCUGCUAUUUAUUACCAUCAAUAAGAACGUCUAUUCUUCUUCAGAGCUCGAGGAACGGUUGAAAUUGGUGACGUCAGAGGAGAGAAAGUCCCUUGGUCAUGCCAUAUCUAUUUUAGGAAUACCCUUCACUCCAACCCAACUGCGUUUGUCGUUCCAUCUAGAUAUCAAGGAAGAAAUGAUGAUCCGGAUUGAGGAUAAAAUUAAAUACGUUCUUCAGGAAUAAAUUGCUUGACGUUUUUAUUCAUUUA